GGUUUCUUAUCUUCAUUUUUUUAAUGAAGAAUUUCAAGCAGAUAUGGCUAAGCUGCUUAAAGAAGGGCCAACAGUUCGUAGAGUUGUUGAGAUCAUAGUGCAGAAUAUUGAUCUCUAUUCAAAUAUGCUUGCAACUCACAAAAUCAAACCUAUAAAGUUUGAUGAGAUGCAAAUAUUUAAUAUAGAAGUCCCUAAUAAAGAAGAAUGGGACAAUCCAACUAGAGAUGAAUAG